AUGCACCCUAUGCUUGCCGUACGAGAUCUGAAGUGGAUCGAAUUGAAUGAUCCUUUGGGCGAUGGGCAGCCCGGAGAAGAGCAUCGCCGCAUCAUCGAGGCGCGGAAUGCUCACUUGACGGUCAGGCAGGAUCCGGAGAUGCAGAAGUUGGUCGACUUUGCCAAUGCCAAUGAGCACUUCACCAUGAGCGGACCGCCAGGAUCUGGAAAGUCCACCCAAAUGGCUCAAAUGCUCGCUCGCUCGAUGCCGGAUCGGACGAUUCUCGUCGUCUCGCAUUCCCGAGUUGGCGCCCGUCUGGGGUACUAUCGCCUUGGCGCUGAGUGGGCGGGCAAGUCCGAGAUCCCGGAGGACAAGACCGAGCAGAAGACCCAGGAUCGGGUCGCGGGCGGUGGCAAGAAGGACAAGAAGAUCGAGCCCAUCAGCCUCUCGAUCCGCUUCUCGUCCGAUCCCAUGGAGGUCGGGGUACGCAUUGGGUGCGUCACGGAGGGUAUCGUCUAUCGCGAAAUCCUCAAGGAUAUCCUCCUCGGCCGCUACGGAGCCGUCAUCGUCGAUGAUGUCCAGGAGCAGUCGACCCUCGGGGAGAUUUUGGCUGCUGCGUCAUUCGCUAUGCGUCAGAGCGACUGCACGACCAGAUUCAUCUUCAUCGCAUCCGAAACUUUCGACCUCGGCCCUCUCCGCAAGAAUCUCCAGCUCCCGCCUGGAUCGCACUACGACCUACCUCCCCUCCCCUACGCUCGCACGCCCAUAUUCGCGCCAUACACCAUUCCUGUUCCGGCUCGAGAACGCUGGGCAGCGGAUCGGGCGGUCCACUUUCUCCGGUCUACAUCGUCCGGGGACGUACUAGCGUUUGCUAGUGGGCUGAAAGAGUGUCAAGCCAUCGCCCUCGCUAUCACCCAGCAGUACGGUACCGACAACCUCGACGUCUUUUCGGUGGCCUCGGGAGCCAGUCGGACCGACAGGGAGCUCGCAUUCAGCCCUCGUCCACCCAGCUCGAAACGGCGCGUUUGCGUGACGACCAACGUCGCCCAGAACUCCAUCACCCCGGUCGGCUACGUGCAUGUCAUCCUCACCCUCCGGCACAAGGUCAGCCGUUACGAUCCCGUCCUCGACCGGACCGACCUCACUCCCGAAGAGCUCUCGGCCGUCGAUGUCGCUCAACAGAUCGGACGAAUCGGGCGGCUCGAGCCAGGAAGCUUCGAGCUUCCCAUUCCCGAGGCGGGCUAUGCUGCCAUGAAGAAGCAGAGAAAUGCACAAUCCAUCUUCUUGAGGAAAUCUGAAGCCAAGCAGCAGAUGCUGGUUCGGCCAGAAGGCGAUCACUUCAGCGCCUACGCCGCUCUUCGAGAGUGGUUAAUCAUACGGACCACCAAGCAAAAGCCAAUCCCCGAGGGUACUUCAGAGGACGAGCCGGCGCCCAAGACGCCAUCCGAGCUCGCUGCCGACUUUGCGGAUGAGCACGGACUAUGCGAGCCGGCUCUGCUGGAAGCGUUCGAGAUUGUCCAGACGCUACAUGGCCAGAUGAUGGCAACUGACAUGUUCUCAAGCGUCAGGAUGCGGGCGACGAGGAACCAUCCUGCUAUACUAGACAUGCAACGCUGCCUGGUCUAUGGCCACCUGCAUCGCAUAGCCGUGCGGAGCGUAAUCAACGGACAAGUCAGCUACUACCGUAUGAUCGACGGCAAGAAGAUCGAGAGUGUGAAGCUUGAUAGGGAGACAAAGCUCCGAGGCGAUCAUGACUACGUGCUAUUCUCUGAUGCUCGCAAGAUUGCUGGAGGCGACUUGACCGAAAUCAGGAGGUUGACAGCUGUCAAGCGUAUCUGGAUCGACGACGCCGUGCAGGUCCUCGGCAUCCCGCAGGCCAUAUACGCCACUUCGUCUUCAGUCACGCCAUAG